CCUCCUCCACUUCCUCGUCAGCUGACUGCAUUCGAUCACGUGACUGAACGUCACUCCGGCGACCCUGGCAGUCUGGGCAGCUCCUUCUCCCUUGGCAACAAUAGAUGCAAACCGUUGUCGGUUCUCGGUCAUCAUCUCGUAUCCCUGGGCGGCUCCACCGACCUCCUGCUGGUACAGAGAUGCAGCCAGAGGACGCCCGAUAUCUGAAGAGAAAAGUGAAAGGAGGAAACAUUGAUGUCCAUCCAAGUGAAAAAGCUCUUAUUGUCCAUUAUGAAGUGGAGGCUACUAUUCUCGGGGAGUUGGGUGAGCCCAUGCUUGGUGAACGGAAGGAGUGUCAAAAAAUUAUUCGUCUGAAAAGUCUCAAUGCCAAUACUGAUAUUUCCUCUCUGGCACGGAAAGUGGUUGAGGAAUGUAAACUCAUCCAUUCAACCAAAUUACCAGAAGUAGAACAGUUACUUUAUUAUCUUCAGAAUCGCAGAGAUGGGUUAACUAGUAAAGAAAAGAAGGAAAAGAAGAAUGGCAAACCAAAGGAUCCACCACCUUUUGAAGGAAUGGAGAUUGAUGAAGUUGCUAACAUUAAUGAAAUGGAUGAAUACAUUGAAUUGCUGUAUGAAGAAAUUCCUGAUAAAGUUCGUGGCUCUGCUUUAAUUUUGCAGCUUGCUAGAAAUCCAGACAAUUUAGAGGAAUUAUUGCUGAAUGAAACUGCCCUGGGAGCCCUAGCGAGAGUGUUAAGGGAAGACUGGAAACAUAGUGUUGAACUUGCUACUAAUAUCAUUUACAUCUUUUUCUGCUUCUCCAGUUUUUCUCAGUUUCAUGGAUUAAUCACACAUUACAAGAUAGGAGCUCUCUGUAUGAAUAUAAUUGAUCAUGAGUUAAAGCGUCAUGAACUCUGGCAAGAGGAAUUAGCCAAAAAGAAGAAAGCAGUGGAUGGUGAUGAUCCAGAUACUCCAUCCUUAAAAAAAGAAUAUGAGAAAGCAUACAAGAAAUAUCAAGGACUUCUUGUUAAACAGGAACAACUUUUACGAGUUGCCCUGUAUUUGUUACUUAACCUUGCUGAGGAUACUCGCACUGAACUGAAGAUGAGAAACAAGAAUAUUGUUCUUAUGUUAGUAAAGGCACUGGACCGAGAUAAUUUUGAACUUCUAAUUCUUGUGGUAUCAUUCUUGAAGAAACUUAGCAUCUUUCUGGAAAAUAAAAAUGACAUGGCCGAAAUGGAUAUUAUUGAAAAACUAACAAAAAUGGUGCCAUGUGAGCAUGAAGAUUUGUUGAACAUAACAUUACGACUUCUUCUGAAUCUAUCCUUUGACACUGGCCUGAGAAAUAAGAUGGUGCAAGCUGGACUUCUUCCCAAACUUACUGUUCUUCUAGAGAAUGAAAACUACAAGCAAAUUGUGAUGUGUAUUCUCUAUCAUAUAAGUAUGGAUGAUCGGUGUAAGUCCAUGUUUGCCUACACAGAUUGUAUUCCCCAGUUAAUGAAGAUGCUGUUUGAAUGUUCAGAUGAGCGCAUUGAUCUUGAGCUGAUUUCUUUCUGCAUAAAUCUUGCUGCAAAUAAACGGAAUGCUCAGUUAAUAUGUGAAGCAAAUGGGCUGAAGAUGCUAAUGAAAAAAGCUCUGAAAUUUAAGGACCCGUUGCUAAUGAAAAUGAUCCGGAAUAUUUCUCAGCAUGAUGGACCAACUAAAAACUUGUUUAUAGAUUAUGUUGGUGAUUUAGCAGCACAGAUUUCAAACGAGGAAGAAGAAGAAUUUGUCAUAGAAUGUCUUGGGACAUUAGCUAACCUCACUAUUUCUGAUUUGGACUGGGAACUGGUUCUUAAAGAAUACAAACUUGUCCCUUACCUCAAGGACAAACUCAAGCCAGGAGCUGCAGAAGAUGACCUUGUGUUGGAAGUGGUUAUAAUGAUAGGAACAGUGUCUAUGGAUGAUUCAUGUGCUGCUCUGUUGGCAAAAUCUGGGAUCAUCCCAGCUUUGAUUGAACUACUGAAUGCUCAGCAAGAAGAUGAUGAAUUUGUUUGCCAAAUUGUUUAUGUAUUUUACCAAAUGGUUUUCCACCAAGCAACACGUGAUGUCAUCAUAAAGGAAACUCAGGCUCCUGCUUACCUGAUAGAUUUAAUGCAUGAUAAAAAUGCAGAGAUUCGAAAAGUGUGUGAUAACACUCUUGAUAUUAUAGCGGAAUAUGAUGAAGAAUGGGCAAAAAAGAUACAGAGUGAGAAGUUUCGCUGGCACAAUUCUCAGUGGCUCGAAAUGGUGGAGAGUCGCCAGAUGGAUGAAAAUGAGCAAUAUUUAUAUGGCGAUGAGCCUAUUGAACCAUUUAUUCAUGAAGGUGACAUUCUAGAGAGACCUGAUUUGUACUAUAGUGCAGGAUUGAUGCCUCCUGAAGUUGCAGUGAGCCCAGACUUUUUCAAUGAUUAUCAGCUGCAAAAUGGAGACCUUGUUGGUCAGCACUCAUAUAGCACUGGACUUGAUAAUUUUGGACAAUCCGCUGGUAUACCUGGACGGCCUACAACGGCAUAUGGCUACCGUCCUGAUGAACCCUAUUACUAUGGACUUGGAGCACGAUAGUGAUUGGCAGUCAAACUUAAUCUACGGUUAAUGACCAAGCCCAGGAAUAAAGCAUGCCAUUAUCCUAACUUUGUUAUAAUUACAUAACUUUGUUUGCAAUAUACAUUUUAGUGUUUCACUGAUGCAGUGGUUCACUUCAGCGAGGUUUGUUAAAGUGGAUGUAAACCUGAAAAAAAUGUUUUUAAUGAGACUAACUGAUACAGUAGAGGAUGUCAAGUCAUCUGUGCCCAGUCUUGUCAGGAAGAGUUAAUCUAGCUCUGAGCAAUCUUCUAAAAAAAUGGCACACAGAUAAGUUUGUGUCACUACAUCCCCCACUGCUGUGACUGACAUUUGAUUUUCUUUAUCUCAUAAAUAAACAUGAGAGCAGAGAGUGUGUUACAAUUCCAGCUUCACAUCCCUCCUCCUUUCUUCUCCAGCACUCCCAGUAUUGGCUGCUCCACACCUCCGCAUGAUUGGGCAUGUUGAAGUCAUGUGGUGCCUUUCCUGAGAUUUGACUGGCUGUUAAUCAUCAUGGGGUGUGAUCCUUGAGAUGAGCAGAAGAUCAGUGUGACUGAGGAGGAUAUUAAUGGUGCAGUCAGCUCCCAGAACCAGCAGAAAGAGUAGGAGAGUGUAGAGGUGGGGUUGGAGUCUUGUGACAUCACGACUCCGCCCACGAGCUACGGCAAAGGGACCCAGCCACUGAUUCCAUAGUUUUGCAUGGCUCCUACUACUGAAGGGGGUGAUAUUUGCAAGGUAGGGAUACAUUCAGCAGGAUUGCAUGUAUUUAUACAAUAAUACUGUGCCAUUCAUUUAUACUGGGUGAGUGGUGGGUUUACAUCCACUUUAAGUUGAGCUUCCUAUUUGCCAACUAGUAUGAAACACAUCCAGACCACAGGAACAGACAUAGCUUGACUACAACAGCCUAGGAAACGUAAUUUAUAACUUAUCCUGAAGUGUAGUGUAUUCUAUAUUUAUUGUUACAUUUAUAUUCUUUUAUAAGGGGCCUGAAUUAUUUCAACAUAUUGUAUUUAUUAAAAAUGUGAAAACAAUGAUAAUGGUAAAAAAACAUCACUUGUGGCAGAAAGCGCACUUUUACAUUUUGGCGUCUGCUUUGCUGUUAGCUAUAGAUGACACUUUUUCUUACAAUGAGUACUGGUAGUUUGCUAGGAUUCUUCUUCUAUUAAAGACCUUCUGAGAUACUUCAUUUAGUGCAUGACUAGGUCUCUAUCUACUGUAUAAAUUACACGGGCUGUGACUAAGCUAAUAUGUUUCAUUUUUGGCUUCUGUAAUGCAGUAAGCAAAUACCAGUAACAGGAGGUAGUGCGCAGAGAUGCAAGCAGUGGCCCUUCAUAAUGAGGAGCCCAUACUAUGACAAUGCUAAUGAAGGUAGAAAAGAGAGAAUCUGUUAUCUCUUUUGCUGUUCUACUUAUUUCCUGAAUACUAAACAAUUGCUGUGGGACAGUUCUAUAAUGUAGCUUCUGCUGUGGGACAAUUCCAUAUUGUAUGCAAAACAAUGCAGCAAAGGGGAAAGAGCAUUAGCAUUAUGCCUAGUAAAGUACUAAUUUUACUCCAUUGUGGGAAUCUUCAAGGUAGGGCUUACCUGGCAUAUAUUUACACACUGGCACAAACACACACUAGAUCAUAGAGAUGCCAGUAAUUGUUUGGUCUACAAUAAUAUACUCUGAAAACUGUACUUUCUUUCUUUUAAUGCAAUCUUAACUAUUAGGUCAACGUGUUCUUUGAUUAUUAUCCCAAGUAUAUUGUGUAUAACAGUAUGUUCUUUGUGUAAAUAAACAUUUACUACUAGCUGUGA